CAUGAACAAAUGGUGGUCAUCAGGAUAGAAAUUUCUAUAAAGUUUUAUCCUCUCCUCUUCAAUUAUUGUCCACUUAGCCGGAUACAAUAUGGAAUAGAUGUGAAGAGCACUGCAUUCAGUGGUUGGUUAGACUAUAUCCCAAAUCCAUAAUAUCCUGAGGUAUACGGAAACCACAUGGAGGUGUGGCUGGUAGUUGCAUGCUUGCUGCACUGUUUAAGGGGUGGAUAUAUUGUACGAUGUCUUCUUUUGCUCCUUCUACAAAGAGAAGCAGGACUGAAAAUGGCAUGGAGUGGAAAGAUUCAGAUGAAUUUUUUCCAGGUAUACCCGUGAUACCAUACUCUCCUGAUGCUAGCCCUGAUAAUGUUCUUUGCUUUCGUCAUUACAAUCCAACUCAAGUUGUUAUGGGAAGGUCUAUGGCCGACUGGUUGCGUUUCUCAGCUUGCUUUUGGCACAGCUUUAGGGGAACCGGGGCAGACCCAUUCGGGUUUCCCACUAUCAAUAGACCGUGGGAUGAUGGAACUGAUACUAUUGAAAAUGCCAAGAGAAGAUUGAGAGCUGGUUUUGAGUUCUUUACUAAAAUGGGUUUGAAGUAUUGGACAUUCCAUGACAGGGAUAUUGCUCCAAUGGGGGACACUCUUGAACAAACUAAUAAGAACCUUGAUGAGAUGACCGACUUAGCCCUUGAGCUGCAGAAUAAAACUGGAGUUAAACUUUUAUGGGCAACGUGUAACCUCUUUGCUCACCCAAUGUACUCCAAUGGAGCGAGCACCAGUCCUGACGCACACGUAUUUGCAAUGGCAGGAGCUCAAGUGAAGAAAGGAUUAGAAGUAGCCAAGAAACUAGGAGCCGAGGGAUUUGUAUUUUGGGGUGGGCGUGAGGGGUAUCAGACCUUACUUAAUACUGAUGUCAGGAGGGAGCUGGAUCACAUGGGAGCAUUUUUCAAAAUGGUUGUCGCUUACAAGAAGAAGAUAGGAUUCACUGGCCAAUUGCUUAUUGAGCCAAAACCAAAAGAGCCAACUAAACAUCAAUAUGACUACGAUGCACAAACUGUCAUCUCUUUCUUAAAGACGUAUGGCCUUGAUACAGAUUUCAAGUUAAACAUUGAGCCCAAUCAUACUACACUAGCAGGACAUGGUCAUGAACACGAUGUAGUGGUAGCUUCAAAGUUUGGUAUGCUUGGCUCCAUUGACUCCAAUACAGGAUCGCCUGAUCUGGGAUGGGACACUGAUCAGUUCCCAAUGGAAAUUAAGAACACUACUUUAAUAAUGAAGGCUAUUAUUGAGCAGGGCGGACUGGCCCCAGGGGGUCUUAAUUUUGAUUGUAAAGUUCGUAGAGAAUCGAUUGAUCUUCAAGAUCUAUUUAUAGCUCAUAUUGGUGCUAUGGAUAGUUUUGCUCGUGGUUUGAUGUGUGCUGUGGAGUUGUUUAAUCAAGGUGUGAUGGAGAAAUGUGUCAAGGAUCGAUAUUCCAGUUAUGAUAGUGGAAUAGGAUCAAGUAUUGAAAAUGGUAAAGCAAGUCUUGAGCAGUUGGAGGAAUACAUCAAAGCCAAUGGAUUCCCUACACCAACUUCUGGACAGCAGGAGAUGUAUGAGGUGUUGUUUAACAACGCCUUGAAAUAUUGACCUGCUGGUACUACUAAAACUGACUGUUAGCCAUUUUGCUGCUUUUGUUGAUUAUUAAUAGUUUCCUUUGAUAACUAAAAUGAACUACUC